CAGCUACAUAGAAUAUGGGCUUUGUAGUAUAGGGAAGUCAUAUUUGGACAAUCUAUCUUAUAGGUUACUUUCGGGAUAUAAAGAAAGUGAUCGAUCACCUAAAUAAUAUUUCUAUCGUCAAUUGCCCUUCAAUUAAUCAACGAUCAUAAAACUACUAGAAAAUCCCACAAACCCCAUAAAAGCUCUCUGCUCUCUCUCUUCUCACUCACUCUUCUCGCACCGGGAAGAACAAAGUUGGUGAAGUCUCUGGCAGGGAUAACUCAGCUUCACCGAUGAUCACAUACAUGCAAGAUAAUCCAUCGAUGUUUAGGCUUCGAGCUUCCAAGUUUCUACUACUCUAUGUUCUCAUCUUGAGCCAGUUUCUAUCUACUCAACUCCUUGCUCAAAGAUCUAAAUCUCCAUGGCAGACACUCACUGGAGAGGCUCCUCUUAUCAUUGCACGUGGUGGGUUUUCUGGGAUGUUUCCAGAUUCAAGCGUAACUGCUUACAGUUUUGUGUCGGCUACAAGUGUUCCCGAUGCUGUCUUGUGGUGUGAUGUGCAACUUACAAAGGAUGGAGUUGGGAUUUGCUUCCCUGACGUGACCAUGUACAAAGAUUCUAACGUCCAAGAUGCUUACCCUAAACGGAAAAACUCUUACCUUCUUAACGGAGUCCCUACUCAGGACUGGUUCACCAUUGACUUCACCUCCAAGGAUCUCAAAAGCGUGUUCUUGAUCCGAGGGAUAUUGUCACGGUCACCGGCAUUCGAUGACAACAGAAACAUUAUUUCACCAAUUGAGAACAUAGAACAUUAUUUCAAACCUGCGGGGUUUUGGCUUAAUGUUCAGCACGAUGCGUUCUAUGCGCAACACAAUCUAAGCAUGAGCAGAUUUCUGCUAUCAGUUUCCCAAACUGUGAUCAUCGACUACCUCUCUUACCCUGAAUUGAAGUUCUUCCGGGACAUCGGUAGCCGGUUUGGUAAAACCGGGCCAAAGUUUGUGUUCAGAUUCCUUGAGAAAGAUGAGGUUGAGGUGUCAACUAAUCAAACCUAUGGAUCUCUGAUGACAAACUUAACAUUCAUCAACAUGUUUGCUUCAGGCGUUCUUGUUCCCAAGUCUUACAUAUGGCCGGUCGACGAAGACCAGUACUUGCUUCCCCAUACAACCUUUGUUCAAGAUGCUCAUAAAGAAGGGUUACAAGUAUAUGCCUCAGGCUUUGCAAAUGAUUUUGAUUUGGCAUAUAACUAUAGUUAUGUUCCAUUGGCUGAGUACUUAUCUUUCAUGGACAACGGGAACUUCUCUGUGGAUGGUGUUGUAUCUGAUUUUCCAUUAACCGCAUCCUCGGCUGUUGACUGUUUCUCCCAUCUUGGAAGUACUGCUUCUUCAACGCAAGGGGAUUUUUUUGUUAUAUCGAAAAAUGGAGCAAGUGGAGACUACCCUGGAUGCUCUGACUUGGCCUAUUCAAAGGCUAUCGAAGACGGUGCUGAUAUCAUAGAUUAUGCGAUUCAAAUGUCAUCACACAGGAUCCCGUUUUGCUUAAACUCAAGCAAUCUUUUAGAGGGCACCAACGUUUUCCAAAGUCCUUUCAUAAACCGCUCAUCAACUGUUCCUGAGAUCGCCCCACAUGCUGGAUUAUACAGCUUUAGUCUGAGAUGGACUGAGAUUAAGACACUGAGACUUGCAAUGACCCACCCCUACAGCUUGGGAUUUAACUUGUUUAGGAACCCGAGAGAGAAAAGUUCAGAGAAGAUUGUCUCACUCUAUGACUUCCUGAUCUUGGCGAAUAAAUCUAGCUCACUAGUUGGUGUGUUGAUCAGCGUGGAGAAUGUAGCAUACCUAAGAGAGAAGCAAGGGAUAGACGUUGUUAAAGAAGUUUUAUACGCAUUCAAAGAAGCCUGUUACAUCAACGCGACCAAACGGGUUAUGAUUCAGUCAUCUAACAGCCCAGUCUUGGUUGACUUCAAGAAACAGAGCCCAUACGAGAUAGUCUACCAAGUGGAAAAAAAUGUCGGCGACAUCGUCGACUCUGCGAUCGAAGAGAUUAAGAAGUUCGCUGACGCUGUUGUUGUCAGCAGACUAUCGGUCUACUCGACCAGAAACUUCUUCCUCACCGGACAGACUCAUCUAGUGGAGAAGCUGCACAAGUUUAAUCUUCCGGUUUACGUUAAAACAUUCCAGAAUGAGUUUGUUUCUCAGCCUUGGGAUUUCUUCUCUGAUGCGACCGUUGAGAUAAACACGUAUGUUGCUGGAGCUGGUGUCAGUGGAACCAUCACUGAGUUCCCUCUCACUGCUGCGAGAUACAAAAGGAACCGGUGCUUGACCCGCAAAGACCACCCUCCUUACAUGCCUCUGGUUAAGCCAGCUGGCCUCUUAGGAUUCGUGAUUCAUGAUUCUCCACACCCGGCUUUCACAGCUGAUGAUGUCACUGAACCACCACUACCUCCAGUCACAUUUAGAACUCCACCCAACAUCCCUGGACCCUUAUCAACUGAUGAAAAAGCUCCUAACAGUAAAACCCGGCUCACUCCACCUCUUCUUCUUCCUGCACUCGCUAUGGCUCUCGCAUCUCUUCUACUUCUUUCAUCACUAUCGAUCUUGUAAUCCAACUUAAAUCCAUUUACCAUUUAUAUAUGAAAAGUCUUUUUAAUAUAUCUACCUUAGAGCAAGUCCAUUGGUAAGAGACCCUAAUGGGUUCUCAUGAAUAAAUUAGUAGUUUUUUGGUGAUUUGUAAAGUUAAGAACCCUUGUUAGACUAAUUAAUUUUCUUAUCCUACAAUGGGAGAACCUCAUUGAGGUUCUUAAAUUUUAUUUUUUUUAAGUUGCACGAAACAUUUUCUAAGAAAGAUGAAAGAUAUGUUAAAGAUAUGAACUCUAUGGUGACUCACCACUCGAUACAUUAUGAAAAAUAUGAAACAUGAGCAGACAGUGAGAAAGAUCACAAUGUUAUUACAUAGAAGACAAAACAAUUUCAUAUAAAACUUAAUGAGAAAGAUCACAAUGUUACAGACUCGACAAAGCA